AUGCUCUUAAAUUUUCAUGUGAUGGAAAAUGAAAGUAUUUGGAACCAGAAAUGCUUUUCUUUGAGCAUCCCACAGAUCCUAGAACAAGAGAUUUCAAAACCAUAUGUGCAUCCACAUUUGUAUUUCUACCCAGAGGAUCCAAAUGGCCAGAAUAUAUUCAAGUUAUCCCAAAGUAAGAAAUGGCGGGAGGAAUUAGGACCUAAUGAGCGAGUUCAAAUGGCUGUCAGCAAUGAUAAGCAUUUUUACAUCUUUGAACCCACUCAGUUGAAAUCAGGAAAAGUGGUAGUUCCAGUUUACUUCUACAAAAUGAAUAAUGAAAUAUAUGCCAAGUGUACCAAGCCAUUCAUUUCGCCAACAAGCCAUGACGCAAAGGUGCUCAAAAUUGAAUUUGAAGGAGCACUGGAGUUCACUUCCAACCGCCUACAAGCAAUCAAAAGGCAUGCAAAUCACUCAUUUGGGAAAUAG